AUGGGUCAAGAAAUAUCAACUUCUAAUGAUACAAAAAAUGAGGAAAAUAAAGGAAAUAAAAAGAAUUUAAAAGGGAGUGAUGAGAAAAAAGAUGUAAAAGAAAGUAAUUCAGCUAUCUCAAAAAAAAUUGCUCAAAAUAGUUUUAAUAAUAGUAAGUUAAGACCAGGUAUGUUCAUACAAAAUAGUAAUGUUGUUUUUAAUGAACAAUAUAAAGGAAUAAAAAUAUUAGGAAAAGGAUCAUUUGGUGAGGUUAUAUUAAGUAGAGAUAAACAUACUGGACAGGAAUAUGCAAUUAAAGUAAUAAGUAAAAAACACGUAAAAAGAAAAACAGAUAAACAAAGUUUAUUAAGAGAAGUAGAAUUACUAAAAAUGUUAGAUCAUAUAAAUAUAAUGAAAUUAUAUGAAUUUUUUGAAGAUAAUAAUUAUUAUUAUUUAGUAUCAGAUGUGUAUACAGGAGGAGAAUUAUUUGAUGAAAUUAUUAGUAGAAAAAGAUUUUAUGAAGUAGAUGCAGCAAGAAUAAUUAAACAAGUUUUAAGUGGUAUUACUUAUAUGCACAAAAAUAAUGUAGUACAUAGAGAUUUAAAACCUGAAAAUAUUUUAUUAGAAACAAAAAAUAAAGAAGAUAUGAUUAUUAAAAUAAUUGAUUUUGGAUUAUCAACUCAUUUUGAAUAUAGUAAAAAAAUGAAAGAUAAAAUUGGAACUGCUUAUUAUAUUGCACCUGAUGUUUUACAUGGAACAUAUGAUGAAAAAUGUGAUAUAUGGUCAUGUGGUGUCAUUUUAUAUAUAUUAUUAUCAGGAUGUCCUCCAUUUAAUGGUUCUAAUGAAUAUGAUAUUUUAAAAAAAGUAGAAGCAGGAAAAUAUUCUUUUGAUUUACCUCAAUUCAAAAAAAUAAGUGAUAAAGCAAAAGAUUUGAUUAGAAAAAUGUUGAUGUAUACAAGUGCUGUUAGAAUAUCAGCACGAGAUGCAUUAGAACAUGAAUGGAUAAAAUUAAUGACAAGUAAAGAUAAUAUGAACAUUGAUAUCCCAUCUUUAGAAUUAAGUAUAUCUAAUAUUAGACAAUUUCAAAGUACUCAAAAAUUAGCACAAGCAGCUUUAUUAUAUAUGGGAUCAAAAUUAACAACAAUAGAUGAAACAAAAGAAUUAACAAAAAUUUUUAAAAAAAUGGAUAAGAAUGGUGAUGGUCAAUUAGAUAGAAAUGAAUUAAUAAUUGGUUAUAAAGAAUUAUUAAAAUUAAAAGGAGAAGAUACUAGUGAUUUAGAUAAUGCAGCUAUUGAAUAUGAAGUUGAUCAGAUUUUAAGUUCAAUAGAUUUAGAUCAAAAUGGUUAUAUAGAAUAUUCAGAAUUCUUAACAGUAGCUAUUGAUAGGAAAUUGUUAUUAUCUACUGAAAGAUUAGAAAAAGCAUUCAGAUUAUUUGAUAAAGAUGGAUCAGGAAAAAUUUCAGCAAAUGAAUUGGCUCAAUUAUUCGGGUUAAGUGACGUUAGUUCUGAAUGUUGGAAAACUGUACUUAAAGAAGUUGACCAAAAUAAUGAUGGAGAAAUUGAUUUUAAGGAAUUCAGAGAUAUGUUAAUAAAAUUAUGCAAUUAUUAA